AGCAAUAAGUUACAUGAUCUUUACCCAACAUGGCCAGUCGAGCAGUGUAUAUUGUUGCAGCAAAAAGAACACCCUUUGGGACGUUUGGUGGCAAGUUAAAAGGUAUUACUGCCACUGACCUGGGUAAAGCAGCUGCCAGUGCUGCUCUAGAAGCAGGAAAAGUACCUGCUGAGGCUGUGGACUCGGUCAUUGUGGGGAACGUGGCUCAGUCAUCAACUGAUGCGUGCUACCUUGCUCGGCAUGUGGCCCUGAAGGCAGGAGUACCCAUUGCAGUGCCUGCACUCACCAUCAACCGUCUCUGUGGCUCAGGAUUCCAGUCCAUCAUUAAUGGAGCUCAUGAAAUCUUGCUGGGACAAUCUGAAGUGGUAUUGACUGGAGGCACGGAAAGCAUGAGUCAGGCCCCGUACGCUGUCAGGAAUACUCGCUGGGGAUCACCACUUGGGAUGGACCUCAAGAUGGAGGACACUUUGUGGGCCUCUCUGACUGACUCCUAUGUCAAGCUGCCCAUGGCCCUCACUGCAGAGAAGCUGGCAGAGCAGUACGGCAUCACCAGAGAGCAGUGUGACCAGUUUGCACUGUCCAGUCAACAGAAAUGGGCCAAUGCUGACAAGAAUGGCCACUUUGUUGCUGAGUUAGCUCCACUUGAGGUGAAGGGCAAGAAAGGGAAGGAAGUGUUUGACAGAGAUGAGCAUCCCAGAGAGACCACUUUCGAGAAGCUGGGAAAACUACCGUCAGUCUUCAAGGAAAACGGCACCGUCAGUGCUGGAAAUGCCUCAGGAAUAUGCGAUGGUGCCGGAGUGGUGAUCAUAGCCAGUGAGGAGGCAUGCUCCAAGCACAACCUCACCCCUCUUGCCAGACUGGUGGCCUACGAUGUCAUAGGGGUGGACCCCACUAUUAUGGGUAUAGGGCCUGCCUAUGCUAUACAGAAUGUGCUCAAAAAGACAAAGAUGACCUUGGACAAAAUUGAUCUGGUCGAGGUGAACGAAGCGUUUGCUGCUCAGUUCCUGUCUGUGGAGAAGGAGGCAGGGUUGGACAGAGAGAAGACCAAUACCAACGGAGGUGCCAUUGCCCUGGGCCACCCUCUGGCUGCCUCAGGCUCACGUAUCACUGCACAUCUUGUUCAUGAGUUGCAGAGGAAGAGUCUCAAGUAUGCUAUAGGUUCCGCCUGCAUUGGAGGAGGACAGGGCAUUGCUCUAUUGCUGGAGAGAGUGUGAUGCUGUUAGAAUUGACUGCGUAUUAAUUUAUUUAGCUUUGUGGUAGUCAGUAGUCUACUGUAACAGUUUCGUCAGUCUGG